AUGGCUCUGAUCUACUCUUUAUACAUCAUCAAUAAAGCAGGCGGUUUAGUUUAUCAAAAGGAUUUCUCAAAUCAGCUCGAAAAACUAUCAAGUAAUGAAUAUCUUGUGUUAGCUGGUACAUUUCACGGUGUUCAUGCCAUCACUUCCAAGAUUUCACCCAUACACAAUUCAACAGGAAUUCAAAUGCUUGAAGCAGAGAAUUUCAAGCUUUACUGUCAUCAGACAUUGACAGGAACCAAAUUCCUUUUGAUAACUGCACCACAACUCAACAAUGUUGAUUCUUACAUGAAGAGAAUAUAUGAUCUGUACAGUGACUUUGUCAUGAAGAAUCCCUUUCAUACACCUGAAAUGCCUAUUCGUUCAGACCAAUUUGAUCAGUCAUUACUAAAGUUUAUCAACUCAAGUGCCUAA